GGAGCAUGAAGCUGAAAAAAGGUGUAAAGAGCCAGUUCCUGCCCUUGGUUUCGUCCUGCCUCAGUGACAACACACGCACAGACACACACACAGAUGCUUCUACAGUGCUCUGUUAACACAAACCUUCUUAAAGGUGUAUUGAUGGAGUCGAUCUAUUUUGGAAAGAUCAGUAAAGAGGUGACGGAGCGACUUCUGGAGAGGUAUGGGAAGGACGGCAGCUAUCUCCUGAGGGACAGCGAGAGUGUGGCUGGAGCACUGUGCUUCUGUGUCAGAAAAGCACCUUUUGUCCACACCUAUCGGAUUGAGAAGUCUCAACAUGGCUGGGCAGUAGAGCACGCCUGGCUGGUGUUCAUCCCUGGCUCUCACACGACGAGGCUACAACAAAGCCACAGUCCGGCGGAGCUGUGCCAUGCCACCGCUGCUUGGCUACACGAGGCACUUCCUCUGAUAUAGACGUUGAACCAAAACCAGACACACAACAACAACAGCUAUGCUUCACUUCUUCCCUAGUUUCACUGCCGCAGUGGUUUGCUGAGAGAGGCCUGUGGUUUGUUGUGCACUCCGAGCCAAGUGUUCUAGAUACACAAGCAUCUUCUUUACAGUCAUUUAUGUGCCGCUGUAUUUACAUGAUCAGGAAGACUUAUAACAGUAGAAGCUGCUAUGCAAUGAUAUUUCCAUAUUUGAUCUAUUACAGGUAUAUUUUCUAUAGUAGAUAAACAUACGUUUUGACAGUUUAUUUUGUUUUGUUCUAUUCAGAUAUUCAUUUGUGUCUCUAGUUAGAAUGAUGCUUGAUACUGUGCAGGCACCUACAACCUGCUUAUCUUAUAUCUUAUCUUGUUUGUGCAUAUUUUCGUCUAUCUCUCUUUCUGUUAGUUUUACUAUGAUGUUUCGGUACAAAACUGGCAACAGCCAAAUCCAAUACCACAACUUGUCAGUCAUUAUGAUUCAUGUGGCUGGUAUUUUGCAGCCGAAUCACUGCACUGCCCUAGUUUUGCUUGAUUGUUUUUAGCAUGCAUCUCCUAGCUAAUCGUUUGUAAGAUCAGUAUCAUAUAGAAUCAGUAUCACUGCAGUAAUUUGAUGGCUGCGGCCUUGUCUAUACAAUCAGUGAGGAGGCAUGGGGUUCAGAGUCCAGCAGUGGCCCCUCUACUGCCCUCUGCCCUCAGUGCAGACAAGGAAAACAUUUUUGGCCUUUUUUUGUGAGAUGUUUCCAUCAUUUGUAAUUCUUAAUGUAAUUGUAACAUAAAUGUAAACACCAUUCUAAUAAAUGUAUAUAAUUACAGUUAUAAAUACAGUAUAAUCUAUUUGAUUGUAAAUGUACUCUAAAGAUCUAAUACUUCAUUAACAUGUUGUAACUGACUGUAGAUGACGGUAAAUGUAACCCCAGGGCCUUGUUGGUGUUUUUGCUGU